AUGCAGAUUGAAGGGUACUGGGAAUAUAACAAGUUCUAUGAAGAAGGAGUUUACAACUGUGCUGGGUGUGCAACUCCUCUUUACAAGUCUUCCACUAAAUUUGACUCUGGUUAUGGUUGGCCUGCUUUCUUUGAGGGUUUACUUGGUGCCAUCAAUCGCUCAGUGAGUUCUUUUUCUUAUUCAAUAUUUGGAUAUUCAUCUCUUUUCAAAGGAGAGGGGUUCAAGACACCCACUGAUGAACGCCAUUGUGUUAAUAGUGUUUCCGUUGAUGCUGAGAGAGCCUAUCAUCGAAAUGCCCUUGUCAUUCUAGAGAAACUGUAUACUGAGGUAAAAAAUUCUGGAACUUGUUCCAUAUGCAACCUAUGCGUGACCAGAAGAGAGAAGUACAGUAUUUUAUUGGUGUUCAACUCGACGAUACCCAACAUGUGGAGCCUCUUCACAACUGCAUCACAGAAAAUACUGCAAAAGAAGGAGAACAACUGAUCCUGGACAGUGGAGAACAGGUUUUGUAGAUCCUUGAUUUUGAUGACAAAUUUCUGCAUGUUCACUAUGGUAAGAAAAAGAAUUGUUUGUUAUUUUUUUGGUUUCUAAUCUUAAUUUUGUAAUGUUUAUAGUGCUGAAAAAAGA